AUGGCGUUGACUAAGAUGCGGUCGAAAUCUCCAGCAUCUGGUUUUGUUUCUGGUGAGAAGGAAAUAGUGCUUGAUACUAUCGGGAGGCCAGUGGAGUUCUAUGCUCCGUAUCACGCCUACUUCGAACGACCGGGAGCAAAUGCCCUGAUUUGUCGUUACGGGAGCAUCGAAACUUCUGGCUUUUCAUGCCCGCAAAGAGUGGUAUUGCUCUCUUAUGGAAGGGAACUACGAAUGAUAAAUUCACAAGUUACAUUUAUACCAACGUCAUCAGAUUCAGAUGUGGUACGUGUAUCAACCGAGCUUAAAAUCCGUUUCCAAUUUCCCAAUCACUGCGAGGAGUCGGGGUAUUGGAGAGUUGCAGACAGCUCAUUGCCAAUCAGAGAAAUAGUAUUGACGGGAUCCAAGUCAAGCAAUGACACCACCUUCACCAUAAAAAAGUCUGGCGUAUCAUACCAGUUUGCUUUCGGAAGUGCUGACAAACCAACGGCUAUCGGUUUAGAUUCUCUAGAUUCUGGUAUACAGAGGUUGAUAUUGUCGAACGACUAUGCCUUUGACAUUCAGUUCGUACCGUUGUAG